AUGGAGCCCUUUGACCUGCUCUACGGCAAGGACAUGUCCAAGCGCAAGGACAAGAUGUCAUGGCGAAAAGCCCAGCAGGACUAUAAACCACUCCUGGUCGUGGUUGAGACCGAAUGCACAGACUGGAUCAUCUUCUAUGAGAACCUCAACUACAAGGGAAAAGAUCGCAUGGAGGACAAAAGGAAGCUCCAGUACCCCUUGGUUGAGGAAGGCGUUCAAUCCUGUUACCAACAGAUCGCUGAUGGCAACUGCUUCCUCUUCGAGAACCCAGCGCCUUCAAGAAUCUGGGAUUUGCCACGGCUCCAAGAACUCGCAGCUCGGCAUGAUGUCUAUGUGGUUCAAUGCCACGCUGGAGCCUACGGAGGAUGCAACAGCCACGGCGACCCCAUCCGCAAGCUCUACCAGUGGCUGACCAAUUCAGCUGAAUUGGCCACAGCCCUUUCAAGGAAGCUCAGCCAGGAAGAACUUCAAUACUGCGUGCCACUCCUCGGCAAGGAGGUCAGACUCAGUGCACGCUACCCUGAGAAGAUGUGCAGAGCUAUCCUUCGAGCUCUACGAGUUGAAGAGAUGGUCAGAAUCCAGUUGGCCAGAGCACCGGCCCAGAGAAGACUUCCCAGAGACAUCCUCUUCACACUCCGUGGAGCCAUCAUCGAGUACCAAGACGGACAGCUCAGUGUGGAAGCCGAGGCGUUGGAUGGAAUGACCAAACCAGCGCGGCGUCCCAGACCUUCAACGGUCCCAACGGCCAACAUGGGCCAAUUCAACGACAGCAUACAGACAGAUGGCUUCUGCUGCCGGGACGUGGCAGUAGCAAACUAUGCAGUCAUUGGCAUCAUUGACCAAUCGACACUGCUACACCAAGCUGCACGGCUACCUGACAUGUCCUCCAACACCACGCUGGAGAUCAUGAGGAACCUAUGGUUCAAGCCCUACGCCUUUCCCAGCGUUAUGCGUGCAGAUCCUGGAACCAACUAUGGGCUCAACUUCCGCAGCCAUGUUGAGCGGCCUGGCAUUUGGCUGGACAUCAUCCCAGCCGAAGCUCACUGGCGCAUUGGCUUGAUUGAAAGAAGAAACAGUGUGCCCCGUGACAUUUUGGAGCGCAUCAUCGACUCUGAGUCCACUUCAAUGAGGAUUGGAGCCGGGCUACUUCAAGAUGAUACCGUCGAGGACGUCUCGACGCUGGGGUUUCAAGACGUCUGGCUGGCCUUCGAGUUGCUCAAACGUGAUGUCAGUGAGGUGUUGAAGGAUUUGAAGAGGAAUGGGCAGAUAAUGCCCGUGAAUGAGUUUGGACGAUAUAGCUCAGACGUUCUGGAGGGCCUGCAAGGGUUCAUUCAAGAUUGCAGACUUUGGCCUUGCGCGGCCUUGCUCUUGCGUGCCGAAGAGCAGCUACACUGCUACACCACAGACGCCGUGACCUUGUGGUACAGACCACCCGAGUUACUUUUGGGAGCUGAGCACUAUGGCUUUGAGAUCGGCUGCUGGUCAGCCGCCUGCGUGUGGCCACCAACCGGCCCGGGGACACGCAGGCAGACCGCCAAGGCCAAGCGUGGCUCGUUCCACCGGGAGGUCAGCAGCCGCCAGGCGCAGCGGCGGGAGUGGCUGGUGUGGCUUUCUUGUGGCGACUCCUGCUUCGAUUCCGAUGCAGGUGACGAGGCAGAGCCGGGACCAGACGCGGGCGAGCCAGCCAGACUUUGCCUCAGGAGUCUCUCUCGAAGCUGGUCGUGCGGCGGCGGCGGGGACGGUUCCUUCUUCGAGCUCCCCGAAGGGGACGACGAAGACGAGGUGAUCCCACUCGCGCUCCUGGCGGUGCUUUUGGCUGCAUGCAGCGCGCCAGCCCAGGCGGGGAGCCAGCAUCCGGGCGCCUAUUUCUUCAACCGCGCCAUCUUGAGCUUCUACUCCGAAUCGUUGGAAGAGAUGCUGAAACAGCUUGACGCUGCAUGCAUUGGGCUGCUGUUGGUGGGACUGGUGUUUGGUGUGGGCGUCUUUCUGCAGAAUAGCUUGUUCACUUACAUGCAGGAGGGUAUCAGCAAGAGAUUACGGAGGGAUGCCUUCGGUAGCACCCUGCGGAUGGACAUGAGUUUCUUCGACAAGCCGGAGUGGCUCGGCAUGAUGGAAAGCAACGGACCAGUGGGAGAAAGAAUGAACCAGACCGCCAGCCUCUUGGUGUCCAUCGAACGGCACAUGACUCGCCUGUCACAGAUCUUCGGAGUCAACUUGGCCAACACCAUCGGCGGAGCGGCUUCGGAGCACCCGGUGUGCGCGGUGGACGCUGGCUUCGGCUUGGCGACCUCUCUGUCCACCUCCGCUGCGCGGCCGUGGCCCUCGGCGGAGCGCGCCUACGCGGAGGCCUCGCAGACGACCACCGAGGCGGUGACGAGCAUCCGCACGGUGCGGGCGCUGAGGGCGGAGGAGCCGACGCCCGUGGGGUCGCACACCCAUUCUGGAGAUGGGAUGGUGAAGGGGAAUCUGGGAUGGGUGCAGAAGGGGGUGUUAGACGAGUGGUUUUUCGGAAUUGAUGAUGGGGAGAGGGUGGUGUGCUGUGAAGGAGAAGUUUGCAUCGAACUGGCCGAGGAUGAGCACACCUUGCAGGUCUUGACCACGCAUUUGCAGGUGGUGGCGAACUACCACCGUGGCAGCGCAUCUCGGAAGGCCUUCGCCUUUGGCUUCACCACGAGCAUGGUGGCAGUCAUUUAUUUGAUCGGCUUCUUCCUGGCCGCGGCCAUGAUCAACAGCGAAUUGUUUGAUCCCUCGGCCGUGCUGCUGACGCUCUUUUGCGUGGUUUUUGGCGUGAUGUAUGUCAGCAUCCUGGCGAUGUAUCUGCCUGACAGUGCCAGUGGGGCGGUGGCAGCCCGGGAGGUCUUCCGUUUGAUCGACCAGAGCAGUAAGAUCGAUGCAGUACAGCCGGAGGGUGUCGUCUGCAGCCUGGGGGAUGGCAGCAUUUCUCUCAAGGAGGUGGUCUUCUACUAUCCGCAUCGGCCCGAGACCAAAGUCCUCCAGCGCAUCUCACUGACGAUUCGCAGAGGGCAGAAAGUCGCCUUGGUGGGCUACUCUGGAAGUGGCAAGUCCACGGUGAUUCAGCUCCUCCUGAGGUUCUACGAUCCGCAGGAGGGGCUCAUCCUGGUUGGAGGAAGGGACCUAAAGCAGCUGAACGUGCGCUGGUGGCGCCAGCAACUGGGUUUGGUGAGCCAGCAGCCGAUCCUCUUCGAUAUGACCCUGGAGGAGAACGUCAAAUAUGGAUACGAAGAGGCGACGCAUGAAGAGGUCGUCGAGGCUGCACGCCUUGCGAAGAUGGAUUAUGUCUUAGAUGGCCCCAGGCAGUGGUCGGACCUGGUGGGGCUCAAGGGCGAACAUUUGAGUGGCGGGCAGAAGCAGCGCUGCGCCAUCGCACGGGCCUUGGUGCGGAAGCCGCAGAUCCUGUUGCUGGACGAGGCGACCUCGGACUUGGACGCUGCCUCGGAGGCUUUGGUCCAAGGGGCCUUGGACCGGGCCAUGGCCAAUGCCUUUUGGUCGCCCAAAGCGUUGGGAGACCGCCAACUGGUCACCAGCAUCACGGUGGCCCACCGCCUGUCGACGAUUCGGAACUCCGAUCGGAUCUUCGUGCUGCUGGAGGGUCAGGUCAUCGAGCAAGGCACCUACAGUGAGCUGGUGGCCAUGGGUGGAUCCUUUGCCCAGCUGGCCGCCCGCAGAAACCCCUCCAAGGGGGACUCUUCGACUUCUCCCUCGCCCUGGGCCCGCCCUCAGGCGGGAGGCGAGCUGCGGCGGAUCCUCAAGGACCGCAGCGAAGCGCUCUUUCCGAACGAGAAAGAGAAGGAUGGUAAGGAGUUUCAGGUUCGUCCUUAUCAGCGUUUGGCCUAUGGCGCCCUAGACUUUGCCAAGACGCCUGUGCAGCUGCUGCUGGGGUCGAAGAUGACCUUGAGCGCCGGUGCCGCCCUGGGCGCGGUGGCCUUCUUCACCUCGACGGCCCGGUGCUUCGACGUGCUUUCGGAUCCGUUGAUGGCCCAGGUCUCGGAUGGCUUCAGCUCGCGCUUCGGGCGAAGGCGGCCCUUCGUGUUGGUGGGAUCGGUGCUUUAUGCGCUGUGCCUGGUGGCUUUGUGCUCGCCUCCUUCUUCGAUGUCAGCAGAGAACACUGGUCUCUGGUUUGGUUGCUUCUACAUUUUGUUCUUUCUGACGGACACGAUCACUGCCAUCCCUCACAAUGCCUUGGGGCAAGAGAUCACCUCAGACACCGACCAACGGCGCCUGGUUUUCAUGGUCGCAAAGAUCUACCAGGCCUUCGGGAUGAUCGCCGCGGCGGCUCUGCCGGUGCUCCUGGGGAACCUGCUGAGCGCCUGCCACUUACCACCGGAGUGCGACGGAAGCGAGCAAGAGGUGCGCUGUGCAGAGCUCGAACGGGAGUGUGAUGGACUGCAGAGCCGGCGUUCGAUCCUGGCGACCGGCCUGAUCUUCGGCGCCGUGGCGGUCCUGUCAGGAACGAACUGA